ACAGCUGUAGAAAGCUAGCUAUUAUAACAGCGUUCUUACGAAAAUAAAUGAAUGUGGUAACUUAGUACAGGUAGCAUUACAAAGAAAAAACUUCCAGGCUAUUGUUGAACUAAUUAAAAUAUUAUUAUUUCAGAUAUGAGAAGUUGUGAUGCUGAGAAGACAGCAAAGAUCUCUUAUUAUUUGCUCCUGUUUCUGUUGGUAUUGUUUUAUGAGCUUCAUGUGCACGGCUCAGUGAUUUAUUCAAAUGGACCUACAGUGCGAACCGUGUAUGGAAUAGUUAAAGGAGUGGUGAAUGAGAAAGCUCAGGCAUUCUAUGGGAUUCCCUAUGCUGCUCCACCAGUUGGACCCCUCCGAUGGAAACCCCCAAGUAAGGUUAUCCCAUGGAGUGAUACUUACGAUGCUACAUACCCCAGAGCUGGCUGCAUACAGUACUGUGGAGAACCUACAAUGGCAUGUCCACUUAAGACCAGUGAGGACUGUCUCUACCUGAAUGUCUUUGUACCAUUAGAUGUCAACUUGGAUGAAGAACCCUCAGAGCUGCUCCCAGUAAUGGUUUGGAUGCAUGGUGGGAACUUCAUAGAUGGUACUGGCUCAGCCAUUCUAUAUGAUGGAAGAUUUAUUGCUAAUUUCACUCAUACAGUUAUUGUUACUAUCAACUAUCGAAUGGGUGCUUUGGGCUUUCUUGUCACCGGGACUGAUGAUAUGAAGAGUGCAAAUGGCAACUAUGGAUUUUUAGAUCAACAGUAUGCAUUUAUGUGGGUUCAGCAAAAUAUUGCAGCAUUUGGUGGUAAUCCAAACAAGGUGACACUAUUUGGACAAAGUGCAGGAGGACAGUCUGUUGGCCUUCAUUUAACAGUGCAGAGCAGUGCAAUGCUAUUUCAACAAGCCAUAAUUCAAAGCCUUCCGUUUUCGGUGACACUAAAACCUAAGAAUGAUGCCAUAAGAUUAGGAAAAGAGUUUCUGAAACUGGUAAAUUGCUCAGUGGAUGACUUGGCUUGUUUGCUGUCCUUAGCACCUGAAAAAGUUCUUGCUGCCCAAGCAAAAGCAGGUUCCAAAAUAAUAAACCCAUUUAAUCUCUUGGAACAGUUUGAAGUCUGGGGACCAUAUAUUGAUGGGGAGUUAAUAAAAGAGCAAACCAUCACUGCCUUUAUCCAUGGACGAUGGCAGAAAGGAAAGCCAGUUAUGAUGGGAACAACAUCAGGAGAAGGAAUCCUGUUCAUUUAUAUGGCAUUUGCAGACAAUGUGACAAUUGCUCAGACUCUGGGGUAUGCUGCAGCAAUUUUUAAGCUGAAAGCAUUAGAAAUAAUUUUUAAAUACACUCCUUUUGUUCAUCAUGGAGACCAACGGCCUCUUAUUUCACAGGUUGGAACUGAUUAUGUUUUCCUGUGCCCUACUCGAAAGGCUGCAUUGUCAGUGGCAGCACUAGACAGCCCACUCUGGCUUUAUGUAUUUGACCGUGUGCCUGUAGAUUUCCGCCCAUGGGGAGACAAAAAAUACUGCUAUCAUCAUGUGUGCCAUGGUACUGAUGUGCCUUUUGUGUGGAACAGUUUAAGUCUUACCAACUUUACCUUUACUGCAGAAGAACAACUACUAGCCAAUCAGAUGAGUUGCUUCUGGGGCCAAUUUGCACAUACUGGUGAUCCUAAUGGUGCUACAAACCAGACAAAAUUCUGCAGUCAGCAGCCUCUUCCAAAAUGGCCUCAGUAUACAAAAGGAAAUAACUGGCAGGUCAUGAACUUCACUGUUCCUUUAAACACUGGCAAGGAAUACAGAGAAGAGAUAUGUGAUUUUUGGGACAAAAUGAAUAUUUAUUCAUAAUUAAGAUGCUCGAACUCCAAAUAUUAUUUGUGCAAAACAGAACAAAAAAUGAACACAAUAAAUAUAGAUAUGCAUAGACAUGUAUUUGUGCACUGUGUGAUAUAUUAUUUUGGCCAAUUCUUUUUUCAAAUAGUACUUCAUGUUUAACUCCCAUAAAUUAUAGAAAAACUUGUAUUAUCCAAAAUAUGUAAAGAAUGAAUGUUGUAAUUACUGUUGCAAUCAAGCAAAUUCAAUGAGAAAUAAACAAGCAAAUAGACGGUGA